GUGGAAAAAUCUACUAUACAGCCCCAUAAUAAAUUUGGAACUUUUCAAAUGGCUUCCUACAUCCCGCAUUUAAUUAUUCCUGAUUGUGAUCACGUUCUUUUUGAAAAAACUGCAUUAGCAAAUCCUCAUUCCUUUUAUCGAAUGAAUCUUAUCCAAGGUCAGCUUGAAAUAAUGCCUCCAAACCCAGUUCAUAACGAAACCGAUCAAAGAGAAUCGAUCAUUAUUGCCGAAGUUGUCAAUUGGUGUCUUGCAAACGAGGAUUUGGUUGGACACCAUGGUGGUUCCCAGGAAGGAAUGUCUAUCGAUCCGAUUGCAAAUCCGCCUACAGUGAGGAUCUAUAGCUUUGAUGCCGAUACUAGCAGUGUUGUUUGGCAAGAGUUUGUUAAUCCUCAAACGCUUGAAUUAUUGAGACAACGAGUUACCAAACUUGAAACUGAAAAUACCAAACUAAAACAGAUCAUCGAAGAAAUUGCUAAUCUUAGGAUCGAAAAUACAAGACUAAAACAAAUCAUAAAACAAAAUCGGACUACUAAUGAUGCUUCACAAUUACCUAUUCCAUCACAUAUUAAUGGUCACUCUGAUGAGAAUGGUAGCACCGACUCUUUAAAUCUAGAGCAGGUACAAAGUGAUAUUUCCCCUGAAAUAAAUUCUAACAAUACUCCUAAACAGGUAGAAAAUACAUCUGAUGACGCAUCUAAUCCGGAUAUAUAUGCCAGGAAUAAAGAAUCGAUACAAAAAACAUCUGCUGAAUCGGAGCAAAUGUCCAUUGAUCAAACACACAAUACUAUUUCUCCCGAAAUAAAGAUUCCUUAUGAUCAGAAAGUAGAACGAGGCCUAAUGCAUGAGUUAUCUGUCUGUGUUAAGGAAAAUCUUACCAUACAAGAAAUAAACGUGCAAAUUCCUGAUCUUCCUCUAGAAAAAAUAUUAAUAGGUUCUGAUGAAGUUACGGCUCAGAUUAUAUCACUCCAAAAUAUCAUAUUUCAAAAUAAUGACACUUAG